AUGUUGUUUAGUAAAAGAGAUGACACUGCUCCAAAGGAGAUUCUGAAUUGGAGACUGUGGUAUGGCGUUUUUGUAUUUGGAUUGAUGGGUGCCGCCCGUGGUGUUGAUGAGGGUCUCGUAGGAACAACAGCUUCCUUAGCCAGCUUCAAGAAGACCUUUGGACUCAAAGACCCGCGUCUAACUGCCGCCGAGCAAGCAGAUCGGCUUUCAAACAUUACGUCUAUGGUCCAACUCGGAUCUGUUGGCGGUGCUCUGUUUGCUUUUUACAUCACAGACAAGAUUGGACGUCUCUGGGCGACAAGGCAAUUGUGCGUGCUAUGGCUUUUUGGUAUCGCCAUAUACUUGGGAGCGGCGUCAAAUGGCCAUCUCGGAAUGGUGUACGCGGGACGCUUUAUCGCCGGACUGGGCAUUGGUCAAACGACAGUCGUUGCGCCCUCAUACCUCGCUGAGAUCUCGCCAAAGUUUACUCGUGGGUUCUCUGUCUGCAUGUUCUCUGGAUCCGUAUAUCUUGGUAUCAUGCUUGGAUACUUCUCUAUCUGGGGCUCUCAGUUGCACAUCAGCGCGGACACUCAGAUGCAAUGGGUGAUUCCCAACCUGUUACAUGUCUACUUUGCGGCUAUCAUCUUUGUGACUUCUUUCUUCGCGAUUGAAUCUCCACGUUGGCUGUGCAAGGUUGGCAAACAGGAAAAGGCAGCCACGAACUUGUCGACUCUCCGGAAUCUGCCAAUUGAACAUUGGUACGUCCAAUCAGAGCUGCUUGACAUCAAUGGUCAACUCGAGCGCGAGCGCGAAGCAACCCAUGGCACGAAAUGGUACGGCGUUAUCAGAGAACUGAUCGGAUCUUCCGCAAAUCGAUAUCGGCUUAUGCUCUCCGUCAUGAGCCAGCUUCUGGGACAAUGGAGUGGCGCCAACUCUAUCACAAUCUACGCUCCGGAAUAUUUUGCGAUGGUGGGACAGACAGGUCAGAACGAGAAGCUCUUCGCGACAGCCAUCUUCGGCAUCGUCAAGUUCGUAUCAUCAUUGCUUUGUGCGAUCUUCUUGAUUGAUUUCGUUGGCCGCAAGAGAUCGUUGAUGAUCGGUAUUACUUUGCAAUUUAUCGCAAUGCUGUACAUGGCUGGAUUCCUCCUUGCGGAUACAGACGUCGACGACGUUGAUGGACAAAGCGGCAGCGAGAAGCGUGCUGCCACUGGAGCAAUCGUUAUGAUCUAUCUUUCUGGCUUCGGCUGGGCGAUGGGCUGGAACAGCAUCCAAUACCUGAUUAACUCGGAAAUUUACCCUCUUCGACUUCGAGCUAUAGGGGGCUCGUUCGCCAUGACCUUUCACUUCGUGAACCAGUAUGGCAACAGCAAGGCUGUCCCUGAGAUGUUCCUGUCGAUGACAUACGGCGGUACCAUGAUGUUCUUUGCCAUCGUGACAUUGCUUGGUCUUGCGUGGAGUUGGUUUUUCUUGCCCGAACUCGCAGGCAAGUCGCUCGAAUCUAUUGAUGCUGUGUUCAAUCUUCCAUGGUAUCUUAUCGGAAGGAAGGGCAAGGAGCUCACGGCAGGCCUCGGCGGAUUUGUCGAGAGCACUGGCCAAGAAAAGGCCGUCGUGGAGCAGGUUGAGCAGGCUGAGAGUGUGCACGCUGAGCGCAAAGUUUGA